AUGUACUCGACUCCCGAGGAGAUUAAUGCCGCCGUCGCGGCCUAUAGAUCCCAUAUCUCGAACCAUAAUCGUCGUGUUAUCGAAGUUUACGUCGCCGACGCAGAUCUCGAAGAAGGGGAUGACGAGGAGUAUGAUGAGGGUAACGAAGACAUCGACUACCUGCGAAUACAAAGCCUAUGGCCCAUGUUUGACACACGGCUUGGGACUUUCGUCUCUACACCAGCUCAAAUCCUCACCCGCUGGGACGAACUAUACUCUAUCUACGAUAUGGACGAGACAGGCGGUGGUGUGCCUUCCGAAGAGGAGAAAGCUCGUUUCGAGGACUACUUCCUAGUAAUGGAAAAGGGCUUGAAGAGGUCGUGUCGGGAGGAGAGUUCCGCCUCCUGGCAAAUCAAGUCGGCGCCCUACAGGACCCGGCAAGACGGAGCAUAA